AUGGGGAAAUCAAAGGGGAAGAAAAGCAAGAGCAGUGAUGAUCCAGGAUGGAAACACUGGCAAAAAAUUGAUGAAGGAAACAUUCAAAAAACGAAAGGAGAUUAUGGGGAUGAUGGAAAUUUUGUUGAAGAUGAUAAGACGAAGGACAGAGAUUCCAUGUGUAAUGAUAUAUGUAGAUGUCUUUAUGCAAAGGCUCUCCUCUUUAAUUUGGUGAAAGAUCCAUUUUUAAAAUCAAUGUUGCAGUCAGUUGCAGAGUAUGAAAAGAGGUUAAUACCUCAUUCCUAUCAUGAGGCAAGGGUAACUUUUUUGGAAAAUGAAGUUAAGUCAAUCCAAGAAAUUAUCGAAAGGUACAGAGAUGAGUGGAAAAUGACAGGGUGUACUCUUAUGUCAGAUGGAUGGACAUAUAAUAUGAAUCACUCUAUCACGAAUUUCUUAGUUAAUAGUCCAAAGGGAACCGUGUUUCUAACAAGCAUCGACACUUCUGAUGUUUUUAAGAAUGCUACUGAAUUGUUCAAACUUCUUGACAAACAUGCUUGGGUUUUGAACUUAAUGAGAAAAUUCACGCGGCACAAGGAGUUAACAAUACCUGCUGUUACAAGAUUUGCAACAUCGUAUUUAACUUUGAGACGUUUGCAUGGGUCAAAGAUGGCACUUACGGCAAUGUAUGGAUCUGAAAUCUGGCAAAAAAGUUCAUAUGCGAAGAAAGCGGAUGGACAAGCUAUUGGUGAGAUAAUUUUAGCUGACAAGAACUUCUGGUCGGCCAUUCAAUACUGCUUGAUGUGCACACUCCCACUAGUAAAGGUGUUAAGACUUGUAGAUGGGGAUUCUAAGCCUGCCAUGGGAUAUAUUUAUGAAGUAAUGGGUCAUGCAAAAGAACAAAUAAAGAAAUUUUUUAAAGAUGUUAAAAAAAUGUAUGAGCCGAUUUGGGAAAUCAUUGAUCUAAGAUGGGAUUUACAAUUGCAUAGACCCCUUCAUGCGGCUGCUUACUAUCUUAAUCCGAGCUUUCAUUAUUCUCCUGAUUUCGAAGUGGAUUAUGGAAUAAAGAAUGGACUUUAUAAGACAAUCGAGCGGAUGUGUCCCACUCCAGAAUUACGAGAACAAAUAGACAGACAACUAGAGACUUUCCAUAGAGCAAAACUGAUGUUUGGAAUGUCCACGCCUCUUUAUGGUGGGGAUCUUAUGGAGAUGCUUGCCGAGAACUUCAGAAACUUGCCAUUUGUAUUCUUAGCCAACCAUAUAGUGCCACGGGAUGCGAGAGAAAUUGGAGCUUAUUUGAUCAAAUAUGAGGUGCAUACUAAAAGGAGAAAUCGAUUGGAGCAAAAAAGACUUAAUGCACUUGUUUACACGAAGUACAAUCUAAGGCUUGAAGCGCGACAUCAAAAGAGGGUUAAAGAUGGUGAGUUCUAUGAUCCUAUUUCUCUAUCUGAUAUGGAAUCUGAUAAUGAAUGGAUAACGGAAAGAGAAGAUCCAACUCUACCGGAGAAUACAUAUUGGUUAGAUAUUAACAAGUGUUUUCAAUUGGAAAACGGUGAAUCAAGCAAAAGAAAGAAAAGAGGACGUAGAGAUAUUAAUAAGAAAAAAGAAAAGAAAAAACCAUUGAAGAGGAACAAGAAGAAGUAG